AGAGAAGAAAAGGAAUGAGGAGAAAAAUGUCGAAGAAACUUAGCGCGAACACCAUGGAUGACGUAGAUCGAUUGUUCCAGUGCUUCAAGUGUGGAAUCUCUCCGCCUGCCUCUGCUGUGAGAGAAAGGAAACGGAGCAAAAGAACGUUGAACCCAGAGAAUUCCUCUCCUGCGACCUGUAAGAACUUGCAGCAGCCAAGUUCUUUGUCUGGAAAGGGACAAAGAAAUCAGAUUGAUGGAAGUCUCAGUCUAGUAGACUCCAUUUCUGGUUCAAGGAAUGUUAAAAAGAGUGUUGGGAGGCAGUUUUCACCCAUUGUAUUCUACGGUUCUCCAAAUGGCGUUCCUCCAAAAAGACCAUUGAGUUUGUUAAGGCUCUUGCGUGAGAUACGUAUUGAUCUCAGUGAAGAAAGGAAAGCAAUCUCCAGGAAAGGAGUUUGGGCUACAUUUCCUCGGCAAGAUGAAGCAAUUAAGUUUGAGAAGAGGCAUGAGAAUGUGCGGGUUUUUAGUUACCAAGAUCAUUUUAGUGGCCAAAGAAGGUUUCUGGUUUCAACAUAUGAAGAAUUCUGGAAGAGAUACAAAUCUAUGGAUCCAAGGCACCGACACCAUUAUGAAGUGAUUCAAGAGGGAUUGCCAUGCCAUAUGUACUUCGAUUUGGAGUUUAGUCAGAAAGAAAAUGAAGGGAGAAAUGUUGAUGAAAUGGUUGAUAUUUUGAUAUCAGUCAUUCUAGAAGCAUUGCAUGAGAAAUAUGCUAUUGAAGGACAAGACGAUUGGAUUAUAGAGCUUGAUUCCUCAACUAAAGAAAAAUUCUCUCGCCAUGUAAUUGUCAUAAUUCCAAAGGUUGCCUUUAAGGACAACUCACACGUUGGUGCUUUUGUAGGAGAGCUAUGCUCACGGAUAGUAAGUGCGAAAGAAAAAGAUGAAAGGUUGGGCAAGUUGUUUGUUCAUAAAGAGGCUAAUGAUUCGGCAUCCCUACUCUUUGUGGAUACUGCUGUCUACUCUCGAAACCGUUGCUUCCGUCUUGCACUAUCAUCAAAAGCUGGAAAGACGUCGGUUCUUCUACCUACAGGACGAUUCAAAUGCAAGGAUAUGGGUGAAGAAGAUGUAUUCAUGACAUCCUUAAUCUGCAACGUGGCAUCAGAUUGUGAGAAGCUUCUGGUUUGCAAGAUGGAAUCAGACUGUAUGAAGACACUUUGCUUUGACACAGAGGUGAACAAUAACAGUAUUGUAAGAGACCAGAGAGCUCACAGAUUCCAACUGGAUGCUUGCACAAGUGACAUGUCAACAUCGUACUUUGGGGGAAAGUCCCCGUUCCCGCUCGUGGACCAAUUCAUAGAAUCCAUUGCUUCCACCGGAAAUGUCUCAGGUAAGAUAAGGUGCUGGUACUGGUUUUCAGAAGAUAGCCUGAUUGUGUACAGCAUGUCAAGAAAUAGAUACUGCGAACGAAUUGGCAGGGAACAUAAAAGCAAUCAUGUGAUGUACAUUGUUGACAUCAUAAGGGGGAUCUAUUAUCAGAAAUGCUACGAUCCUGAUUGUCGAGAUUAUCGAUCUCCGAUACGUCCAGUUCCAGAUAGUUACCUGCCUGAAGAUGUAGUCUACCAUCAAGGAGAGGCACAUAAUUUAUGUGAUAACCUUAAUCCAGAAGGAGAAUGCUACACUGAUAACGAAUGCGAACCAGAUAGUGUUUCUAGCAGAGGCUCAUGGUGGCUUGAAGCGGCUAAAGUCGCAGAUGAUCUUGAAAGCAAACCCAAGAUACUGGAACCUCAUAUCUUGGAGAAUUACGAGGAAGAUGAUGACUGGUGGAUAGCUGCAGAAGAAUCCCUCAAAGAAAUCUCAUCUUUAAGUCCUUCCCCAAAAUACCCUUUGAUUUAGACAUUUGUGACCCAACUAAAGUCAAGAAUACCA